AUGUUGUGCACUGAUGUUGGAGUGCAGUCCAGCCCCAUUGACGUGGAAGACACAUCCAUGCAGGACCCCCAUUCGCAACCGCCCCACAGAGGGAACAACAGCAGCAGCACAGUGGACAACGUCGCCCUCAAGAAUGAGGUCUACAACUCCAGCGAGCAAACCGCUAAUCAUAUCAUUGUUAACGACAGCAAAGAAAACAUCAACAACAUCAACAAUAACAACAACAACAACAGCAAUAACAACAACAUCAACAAUAGCAGCGUAUUUAGUUGGGUGAAGCAGGACACGGCGAUGAAGUUUGCAGCAGAGUUGGAUCACCAGAACAUCAAAGCAGGUCUUCUUUGUCGGACACUCAACAACAACAACAACAACAACAAUAACAACAACAACAACAACAGCAUCAACUACAAUAGACAUCGCAUCAUUACGUCCAUGUUAACUUCAACUGUUUCGUCUCUGCCGAUAAUUGUGAUUAUCUAA